CAGCUUUUCUCUAUGACGCGUCGCAGAGUCGGCUCGGGGUUUGGCGUGGUGAGGGAGACCUGCUUCGCCGUUUGUGAGAACAAGGGAGUGAGGGAGGAAGGAGGCCAAGCAGGAGGCCAGGACUGAGCAAGGACUAAAGUAAGACUGAGAGGGGAGAGGAGGGACGGACUAGUUGGUGGCAGCAGCCUGUACUGGAAGCGGCGACACUAGUGAGGCAGCUGCUUGACUAGGCCGCAGCUGCUUGACUAGGCCGCAGCUGCUUGACUAGGCCACAGCGGCCAUGGCAGUGAACUUUGCGUACCACGCCAGCGGGUUCCGCCACAAUGAUGUGAUCAAAUUCAUUAAUGAUGAAGUCCACAUGAAUGGGGGUGGCCCAGCCUUUUACGUGGCCUUCCGCUCGCGGCCGUGGAAUGAGGUAGAGGACCAGCUUCGGGCCAUUGUGGCCGACCCGAAAGUGCCGCGGUCCGUUAAGAGGGCCUGCACCUGGAGCGCGUUGGCUUUGAAUGUGCGAGCGGCCAUGAAGCAGCAGAAGCAGCUGCAGUACCAGGUUCGGCGGCUGCAAGGGCAUAUGGAGGAGCGCCAGGCGGCCUCCUGGGCUCUGACCUCCCAGCUGGAGCAGCUGCGCCUGGAGCGUGAGGCGGCGGCAACAGAGCUGCACUUCACUCAGUCCGCUUUGCAGCAGGCGCUGAAUGAGCGUGAUGGGCUGUACGGGAGGCUGCAUGAAAUUGAGAGAUCCAUGCAGGUCUAUCCGAUGCCUCAGAAUUUUGUACCUGGUCCAGGAGCCAUCCAGUAUGGGCCUGUGGUCUGUUGUUUAAAUGCAGAACAGAGAGAGGCAGUGGCCACAGGAGCGCAGGGAAUGCCACAUUCAGAAGGCCAGAUAGCAGCCCCAACAGCUGUGUUUUACAUGCCUGAAGCCCAGAGUGGCUGGAUCCAGGGCAUGCAACCCCUUCUGCCAAUGCAGCCCCCACAUCCAGGCCCAUUCUAUGUGCCUUCACAAAUGGAACUGUCAAACUCAACACUUCUACCACCCCCAGUAGUAAUGGAAUCAUCAGCAGCAGUUGCACCACAGAUGCCUCCUUCAGGGACUUAUCCACCUGGUCUCCAGGCCACAGUGGGGUCCCAGGAAGGGAUGGCCCCUCAGUGGGACCAGAGGUGCUAUGGCCAGGAUGGAUAUCCUGAGAAUUUCCAGUGUGUAUAUCAUCCAGGGGAUAACAGAAGCCACAGCCAAAAGGAAAGUUCUGAGUCUCCCCAGGGAAUGACCUCUCAGGGAGACAGAAGCAGCCAUAGCCUGGAGAAAGAUCCAGUGAUGCACCAGGGUGCAGCUCCCCAAGAGUUUAGCAAGAGCCACAGCCUGAAGAAAGAACCAGAGAUUCCCAAGGAGAUGGUCCCCCUGGGGGACAGCAGCAGCCAAAGCCUUAAGAAAGAUCCAGUGAUGCACCAGGGUGCAGCUCCCCAAGAGUUUGGCAAGAGCCACAGCCUGAAGAAAGAACAAGAGAUGCCCAAGCAGAUGGUCUCCCUGGGGGACAGCAGCAGCCAAAACCUGAAGAACGAUCCAGUGAUGCACCAGGGUGCAGCUCCCCAAGAGUUUGGCAAGAGCCACAGCCUGAAGAAAGAACCAGAGAUGCCCAAGGAGAUGGUCCCCCUGGGGGACAGCAGCAGCCAAAGCCUUAAGAAAGAUCCAGUGAUGCACCAGGGUGCAGCUCCCCAAGAGUUUGGCAAGAGCCACAGCCUGAAGAAAGGACCAGAGAUGCCCAAGCAGAUGGUCCCCCUGGGGGACAGCAGCAGCCAAAGCCUGAAGAAAGAUCCAGUGAUGCACCAGGGUGCAGCUUCCCAAGAGUUUAGCAAGAGCCACAGCCUGAAGAAAGGACCAGAGAUGCCCAAGCAGAUGGUCCCCCUGGGGGACAGCAGCAGCCAAAGCCUUAAGAAAGAUCCAGUGAUGCACCAGGGUGCAGCUUCCCAAGAGUUUAGCAAGAGCCACAGCCUGAAGAAAGAACCAGAGAUUCCCAAGGAGAUGGUCCCCCUGGGGGACAGCAGCAGCCAAAGCCUGAAGAACGAUCCAGUGAUGCACCAGGGUGCAGCUCCCCAAGAGUUUGGCAAGAGCCACAGCCUGAAGAAAGAACAAGAGAUGCCCAAGCAGAUGGUCUCCCUGGGGGACAGCAGCAGCCAAAGCCUGAAGAACGAUCCAGUGAUGCACCAGGGUGCAGCUCCCCAAGAGUUUGGCAAGAGCCACAGCCUGAAGAAAGAACCAGAGAUGCCCAAGGAGAUGGUCCCCCUGGGGGACAGCAGCAGCCAAAGCCUUAAGAAAGAUCCAGUGAUGCACCAGGGUGCAGCUCCCCAAGAGUUUGGCAAGAGCCACAGCCUGAAGAAAGAACCAGAGAUGCCCAAGGAGAUGGUCCCCCUGGGGGACAGCAGCAGCCAAAGCCUUAAGAAAGAUCCAGUGAUGCACCAGGGUGCAGCUCCCCAAGAGUUUGGCAAGAGCCACAGCCUGAAGAAAGGACCAGAGAUGCCCAAGCAGAUGGUCUCCCUGGGGGACAGCAGCAGCCAAAGCCUGAAGAAAGAUCCAGUGAUGCACCAGGGUGCAGCUUCCCAAGAGUUUAGCAAGAGCCACAGCCUGAAGAAAGGACCAGGGAUGCCCAAGCAGAUGGUCCCCCUGGGGGACAGCAGCAGCCAAAGCCUUAAGAAAGGUCCAGUGAUGCCCCAGAAGUUGGUUCCCCUGGGGGACAGCAGCAGCCAUGGUCUGACAAAAGAGCCAGUGAUUUACCAGGAGAUGGUCCCCCUAGGGGACAGCAACAGCCACAGCCUGAAGAAAGAUCCAGUGAUUCCCCAGGGCACAGCCCCCCCGAGGCUUAGCAACAGCCAGAUGGAAGAUCAGGAGAGGCCCCAGGAAUCCCUUCUGGAGGACAGCAAGAGCCAUGAUGUGAAAGAUAGCCCAUGGAAACACCACCAGCCUCAGGACCAGAAGGUCAAGCAACUAAAAAGGAAAAAGGCCUCAGAAUCCCAGCGACAGAAGCCUGCUCCAUGUGCCCGCGUAGAGAAUUGGGACUGCCCAUGGUGUAAUGCCUUGAAUUUUCCACGGCGCAAGGCCUGCUAUAAAUGCAAGAGAGCCCGUAUGCCAGUUGAGAAUGGCAGCAUUGACCCAGCAUAAACUCAGUGAUUUCAGGAAGUUUUACAGAUGAAGUCCUGUUUUGUAUCUUAGCCCCACCAAACUUGCUUGUUUCUGAAGAAGCUGAACCUACGACAUUACAAGGUCACCAAAGGCAAAAGAAGUAACACCUCAAUUCUGAUGGACCCACACCUCGCUGAGACCCCAACUGUUUGCAGCCAAGAAGAAUGAGAGGAAGUCAGGGAAGAAGAGAUAAUUUUACACUCAUUAGGGGGAAAAGGAAGAACAAAAUAGAUUCUUUUAGAGUUGAAGUUUUUUUCAUUGGUAUGGGAAUUAACUUGGAAAAGUUUGAGGGGGGUUGUAGUGUUAAAUUCUAUAGAUGACAGGAACUUUGAUUAAUUUCAUUUAAUUCAUUAAAGAAAGAGUUAUUGUCUAGUACGUUUUGGGAGCUAGACUCACUGUUAUUAUCUAGUACACCCAGCAUAAUCCUAUUUUGUGAGUUUAAGAUAGGAAAGAACAUAAUUUGGCAUACAAAUUAGAUCGGGGGUGUCUUCUUUGCCUUGCAUAUCACGUGACCUUGGAUAAAACCAAUUGAAGUAACAUCCAGAUUCAUUUUUAUGGUUCUGGGUCCAAUGAGAGAGACUUUCAUGAAAGGUUUCUUGUUUUGUUUUUGUUAGUUUCCUUUUAGAGAUGAGGUCUCACUUUGUCUCCGAGGCUGGAGUGGAGUGGCAUUAUUGUCAUAGCUCACUGCAGCCUCAAACUCCUGGGCUCAAGGGAUCCUCUGGCUUCAGCCUCCUGAGUGGCUGUGAGCUGCCAUGCCCGGCUCUUAUGAAAGGUCUCGAGUAACCAAACUGCUCAUCUCAUUGGUCCCAGGUAAGACAAAUGAGCAGUGACAAAGUUUGGAUAAGUGUCCUCACAGAAAUGCAGACACAGCUUUUCUGAUUUCCUCCUUUGAGAGGGAUAACUAUUUUACUGGUUGCCCACCAGCCUGCCUGAAAGACCUGGGGUGUCUUAAAGAAAAACAAUGCUUUCGGGAGUGUUCACUAUACACACUAGCUUUGAGCCUCUGGCUGCCCCAUCCCAAGUCCCUUUUCAGUCAACAGUAGAUGAAGAACAAAAUGGAUUCCAAAGACAAACAUUGGAGGCACCAGGUUAUGGAUGGUGUUUCUCUUAGGAGGAGAAAUUGGGUUAAAAAUAGAGCUAGAAUUGGGCAAGCACUCUUGAGAAUAGCCCAGGACCCCUCUCCUCUCCCUCUUUGGUGUGUUCUCUAUAGGCUUGCCCAAGGCAAGGAAGGAGCCAGGAUGGAGUCCAGGGUAGUUGGUUAGAUUUGCCUUCAGUCCAAGCUAAAGAUGUCCUUGAGUUUCCCAAUGAAAUCCCACCCAGCUCACCAAAAUCAAUGUUUGUAGGCGUUUUUCUGGUCCUAACUAGUAAUAAAGAGUGUUCGCUUGA